UUGCCGCCCCUAGUAUCGCGUCGCGUCGCGUCAAAUCAGCCGCUUUCUGCGCCGCCUACGGAAGUUUUACAGACUAUUUCUGCGUGUUUCAGUGGAUUGGAGAAACACUCAACCACCGGAGCGAUACAGCGAGGCUCUGCCGCAGACGCGCGUUAGAGGUGUUAUUCCAGCGAUGAUUCCCUGAGCUCGUCCUAUGGAGAACAAGUCCUGCAGUGUAUUCCUGCAGCCCGGCGUUCCGAUCAUGUCCUUCAUCCCGCCGGAGAGUUCCCAGUCCGUGUCCGACUGGCUGAGUGGCCUCCGGCUCGACCAGUACCGUCCGGCCUUCCAGGAGGCGGGGCUGGGAACGCUGUGGGAGUGUCAGGAUCUAAGCUCCGCCCAGUUGCAGCGAAUGGGCGUGGCUCUGCCCGGCCACAGGAAGCGUAUCCUCGGCAGCCUGCACAAGCUCCUCCCCUCAGCGACGGGAGCGGAGGAGGACGAGGAGCAAGAGGAGGACAGACCCGUCGCCCGAGAGAGGACCAAAUUCAGAGCGUCGGACGAAAACCAGCGAACGGAAAACAGCGUCGCAGGUAGACGCCCGCCUCCCGUCCCGCCUCGAGUCACGCCCAAUCGACCUCCCGUUCCCUUCACGCCCCGUCCUGAGCCUAGCAGCAUCCCUGAACAAAAUGAAACGCCCACACCUUACGAACGAACCAAGCCCAUCCCAACUCCCAGGCCACGCCCAGAACACCUGCCUCUUAAAGGGCCGGCGCAGCAACUCCAGAAGAGCGAGAGGAAACCGUCUCCUGUGUCUCCCUCUUCCUCCUCCUCCUCCUCUUCAUCAGAGCGCUUCCACCUGUACGAACAGUGUUUAUCUCCUGCUCAGGGAGAAAUGGGUGCUCCUCCUCUUCCUCCUAAGAGCUACGCUGUGGGCGUGUCUAAAGAGCCCAUAGACGGCCCGUACAGACCCCCUGUUCCCCCUCCUCGUGUCUCCGCCUGCUCCAGGACUACAAAUCCCAGAAGCACGUCAUCCAGAAGCCCGCCCACAUCCAGCGCUCCUGUAGAUGAUCCGUCAGACACAGAUCCAGUCCCAGACGUCCCGCCUCGGAUCAUCAGACCUCCGAACCAGAGCCGAAGGAGAGACGUGCCACCGCCGCCCAACAGAAACCAGUUGGAUUCGGAUGAAAGUUCAGAUGAAUAUGACGAGCGAGAGCCCAGCAGAGACGCUAAACUCAUAGACAUGGCCAGCAAGAUGUCCCUGAUGGUUCCCAAGGCGCCGAAACCUCGUUACAGCAGCCUGUGCAGCGACGACGAGCUUCUAGACGAUGACACCAGCUGUGACGAGUCUGAAUCCCUGCAACGGAGUUCAUGGAUUGGAGAUUUGGCUUCGAUCUCUGGUUCUAUGACCAGCAUCUACCUGCCAAUCACAAGCCACGACAAUGCUCCGCCCCCUCGGGAAGACCCCGCCCCUACCAGCGUCCCCGUGAUUAAAAUGGGCUGGCUGUACAAGAAUCCUCCUCAGGGGUCUCUGAUCUACCAGCACCGCUGGGUCAAACUGGACGCUGAAUACCUGAGAUACUUCGACACUGAGAAGGACGUCUACUCGAAGAGGAUCAUACCUACACUGUCCAUCACUGGUGUGGUCAACGUGGGAGAGCAGAAGUUUGAAGUAGUGACGCACAAUCGCACUUUCCUGUUCCGAGCCGAGAACGACUCGGAGCGGAGCGAGUGGGUCACGGUGUUGAAGAGCUGUGUCCGAACCACCAGUCUGGACGUGACCUUUAACCCCUGCGUGAGCUACGAGAUGAGGGGUUACCUGGAGCUGCGUGGCCUGCGCUCCAAACUCUACACAGUGGUGUGUGCGGAUAAAGUCUUCCUCUACAAAAACAUAGAGGAAUAUCGUAUGGGGAUCGGCAUCACCUCGAUUGAUAUGAAUGUUGGGAAUGUGAAGGAAGUGGACCGGAGAGCGUUUGAUCUGACCACACCGUACCGGAUAUUCAAUUUCGUCGCAGAUACGGAUCAGCUCAAGGAUCAGUGGGUGGAGGCCAUGCGCAACUCCAUCGCAGAGGCCUUGUCCAAUUACGAAGUGGCUGAGCGGAUCUGGGCGGAGCCGUCCAAUCAGAUGUGUGCUGACUGCAGCGCUGCCAAACCUGAGUGGGCCGCCAUCAACCUGGCCGUGGUUUUCUGCAAACGAUGUGCAGGAGAGCAUCGUGGUCUCGGUCCGAGCGUAUCUAAAGUACGCAGUCUCAAAAUGGACAAGAAGGUCUGGACUGAAGAUCUCAUCCAGCUGUUCCUCGCUGUAGGAAACGAACGAGCCAAUCAGUUUUGGGCGGCGAACGUCCCGCCCAGCGAGGCCUUGACCCUGAACAGCAGCAGCGAGGAGCGACGUCGCUUCAUCACCGCAAAAUACCGCGAGGGCAAAUACCGCAGAUAUCACCCGCUGUUCGGGAACCAGAGAGAACUCAACAACGCGCUGUGCAUUAACGUCCAGUCGAGUGAUGUGUGUGAGACGCUGGCGCUGGUGUUCUGCGGCGCUGAUGUGAGCUGUGACACCGGUGACCCCGAGCUGACCUCUCCGAUCGCUCUGGCACAACACCACGGACAGAACCUGCAGCUGGAGUUCCUCACGCAGAACCGCAACACAGAACUCCCGAGGUCAGAGGUGAAGGUCGCCAUAGACCGGGUGCACUACAUGGCCCCGCCCUCCGUCACACAUAAUGGGUUUCUAUUUAAGACCGCCUCCAUGGCUCGACCAAUCACAGAGAAGAAGGGAAAAGAAGAGUUCAGUCGGCGCUGGUGUGUGCUGAAUGAUGGGAAUUUUAGCUACUAUGAAAGUGACAAAAACGCUACGCCGAACGGAGGACUGAAGAUGAAGGAGAUCGUGUGUCUGGCUGUCAGCCCCCCUGAGACUCAUGGGUACGAUCACACGUUUGAGCUGUACUCGGACGCCGAGCGCUUGUAUCUGUUCGGCACUGAUAAUCCUGAGACUAUGCGCGAGUGGGUCAAAUCCAUCGCAAAGUCGUUCAUUCCUGCGGCCGCGGAGGAUCUGUUACUGAAGGACUUCGAGCGCAUCGGCCGGCUGCGUUAUAAAGACCGACUGAACCGGGAGAUGUCCAGACUGGGCUGGUUCUGUCUGGUGGGGUCCAGCCUCCACAUCCGGCUGGAGGAGCACAACGCAGACGAGACCAUCGACCUGCAGAAGCUCCUGGAGCUCUCAAUCCAGCUGGAGAACGAGGUUCUGGUUCUGGUGGAGCGAGGCAGGACGCUGUACAUCGAGGGCGAGAGGAAGCUGGACUUCCAGGGCUGGGCGGCUGCCAUCCAGAGGGCUGCUGGGAGUUCUGGAGACACACUGAGUCAGCAGCAGCUGACGGAGGCCGAUAUUCCCGUGAUCGUGGAGCGCUGCAUUCACUUCACCACUCAAUACGGUCUGACCUCGGAGGGAAUCUACCGUAAGAGUGGCGUGAACAGUAAGAUCGCCGCCCUGCUGGAGGAGUUCAGACGCGACGCCCGGUGUGUUUGGCUGAAGGAAGGGGAACAUCAGGUGGAUGACGUCUCUAAUGUCCUCAAGCGCUUCUUCAGAGACAUCGAGGAGGGGUUGUUUGGGCAGCAGGCGCACAGCUGGCUCAGCGCUACAGUGUUUUCAGACGAGAGCAGUCGGAUCUGUCAGUAUCGUCUUCUGUUCAGUAAUCUUCCCCGAGUAAACCAGGCCACACUACGAGCGCUAGUUAAUCAUUUAUACUGCGUCCAGCGGUUUGCGGAUCUCAAUCAGAUGAAUCUUCACAAUCUGGCCAUCGUGUUCGGCCCGACUCUCUUCCAGGCGGACGGGAAGGACAACAGCGCCGGACGGGUCAUCGAGGAUCUCAUCCAACACUACGUCACUAUAUUCGAUGUGAACGAGCAGCAGCUGAAGAAGCAGUUAGAUGAGAUCACAUACAUCAUAAAGCUCAGAGACAACCUCGCUCCUAAAACAGGAACGGGCAGUGGUGAUUUCAUCUGUACAGUUUAUCUGGAGGAGAAGAAGGAGACCGCUGAACAGCAUGUGAAGAUUCCCGCCACGAUGACGGCCGCAGAACUGACCUUCGAGAUCCUGGACAGACGGAAAAUCAGCGUAAAGGAGAAGGACUACUGGUGCUGCUUCGAGGUGAACGAGAAAGAGGAGAUGGAGCGGCCGCUGCACUAUCAGGAGAAAGUGCUGCCCAUCUUUCAUUCCCUGGGCACUGACAGUCACCUGCUGGUCAAGAAGCACUUCUCCAUGGAGGCCAUGCUGGUGUAUCUGGCCAGUAAAGUGGAGGUGUCCAAACACGGUAUGAUGAAGUUCAGAGAGGAGAGGAGUCUGCUGGGGUUGAGCACGGGGAGCUUCAAUGACCGAUACUUCAUCCUGAACAGCACCUCGCUCAGACUCUAUAAAGAAGUCCGGAAUCUGCACAAGCUGCAGAGUCCAGAGCUGCAGUGUAGUAAUCGUCCUGAGAGAGAGUGGCCCGUCAAGUGUCUGAAAGUCUAUCAAGGCAUUAAAAAGAAGCUCCGUCCACCGACAUGUUGGGUUCUCACAGUCAUCUAUGAAAGUGAGAAACAGGAAAAGCAGGAGAGACAGCAGUGGUAUCUCUGCUGUGACACACAGAAUGAAAUGAGGGAAUGGUUCGCUACCUUCAUGAGCAUACAGUGCGGAGGUCGUGUUUGGCCGGCGGAGUGGUUGAAGUCUCGUGUGGCGAGUCACUCUGCGCCGCAGGACGCUCGCUUGGGUAACGUGUCUCUGAUUCCUCUGCGGGGCAGUGAGAACGAGAUGAGGAAAAGUGUCGCCGCUUUCACAGCCGACCCACUCGCCCUCUUCAGAGAUGUUUGACGGAGUGAAUGUUGUUCAGGAACUGAAGGUGUGUGCGGGUCCCAGUCCCAUCAGGCCGUCGAUCGCUCAGAUCUGGAUCAGUUCAGUCCGUCUGGAUCUUCUCUCUCACUUUGACCUUCACAGAGGUGACCGCACGCUUCAGCACAGGUCAUUCUGGGACAUCAGACUUUCUCGUGGAUCAUUGUGAUGCUGAAGGCUGGGAUGGAUUUCUGUGUUCAGAAGCUGUUCACCGGACUGCAGCGUCACACGUGAAGCGUUUAGUGUCCAUCUAACACACUUAAACACUCGAGGCGUCCGCUCGGACCAAACCGACUCAUGUCUGACACACACAUGUGUUUUCAGUUUAACCGUCACACUUUUACAGACUUUAUAACUUGUUCAGCUUGUUUUAAUGUCAAUCAAACAGAAUCACAUCAAGAACUUUAAUGGUCAAAGCACACAGAUCAGUCCAUAGAGAGAGUGUGUGUGUGUAUGUGUGUGUGUGUGUGUGUGUGUGUGUGUGUGUGUCACAGAAGCAGUCAUCAGUAGCACAGGUGUAAUUAUAACAUUAGACAACAAUACACUGUAUGAGUC